AGGUAGGUCCAUUCCUACCUUUUUUCUAACCGCGUGUCGUAGAUUUCAUUCUGACGAUAUUAUUACACAUAUUAAAUUAAAAUACUCUUCCAUUAAUAGCUCCAAAACCGUUUAUUAAUUACGUAAUUAAUAUAAAUAAAAAAACAAAAAAUGAAAAAUCUGGUUCGAUCGUGCUUAAAUGACAAAGUGAACCCCCCACCCACAACUCACGUGCUUCACUCGCCGGCAAAACUAAACUUUAUUGAGACUUGAAUUCAAAUUCUUCUUCUUCUUCCUCCUCCUAAUCUUCCUCCCCUUACAAAACUCCCCCUUCUCUUUCUCUCUCCUCUCCCACAACAUUUUCUCUCUCUGAAACCUCCUAUUUCUUCCUUCCAUUUCAAAAAUGUCGGCUAAGACUGUUAAAGUCAGCAAUGUAUCUCUUAAGGCAUCUGAGCGAGAGCUCAAGGAGUUCUUUUCUUUUUCCGGUGAUAUCGUAUAUUUGGAGAUGAAGAGUGAAAAUGAAGAAUCGCAAACUGCCUAUGUUACCUUCAAUGACCCACAAGGAGCCGAAACUGCUGUUUUGCUUACGGGAGCAACAAUUGCUGAAAAGACAGUGACAAUAACUUUGGAUCCAGACUACAAGUUGCCUCCUGCUGCUUUAGCACCGCCGGCUGAUGCCCCUGGAGGUGCUCAAGGUGCUCUGCGAAAGGCAGAGGAUGUUGUUACCAGCAUGCUAGCCAAGGGCUUUAUCUUAGGGAAAGAUGCAGUUGGCAAGGCAAAAUCCUUGGAUGAGAAACAUCAGCUUACUUCAACAGCCUCUACCAAAAUUGCAUCUCUUGACCAGAAGAUUGGUCUUACGGAGAAGAUUAGCAUGGGUACUUCUGCAGUCAACAACAAAGUGAAGGAGAUGGAUCAGAAAUUCCAGGUUUCUGAGAAAACAAAAUCAGCAUUAGCUGUUGCUGAGGAAAAAGUCAGCACUGCAGGGUCCGCCAUAAUGAAGAACCGCUAUGUGCUUACUGGUACCACCUGGGUAACUGGCGCUUUCAGCAGGGUGACAAAAGCAGCUGGUGAAGUUGGGCAGAAGACGAUAGAGAAAGUUGGAAUGGCAGAAGAUGAGCAGAAGAGGAAAAUGGUGGAUGACUUUGCUCAGGUCCAUCUAUCAGAAUCUGACUCCCCCAAGGCUCCAUCAUCCCCUAAGUCUUCAUCAUCACCCAAGGAUUCUUCCCCGAGUGAGAAACAACCUACAAAGCCUGAACCAGUGCAAGGUUUGAUCCUUUAAGAUGUGCCUCAUUGUAUAUAUUUUUGACUCAAGAAUUUUUUACCUGUUAUCACGGUUAUUGCCUCUACUUUCGGUAGUAACCGGUGUAAACGAAACUUGCUUUAUAAGUGGAUAUUCAACUAUUUCUGGGUCUUUACCAUCCUUCGUUUGCACGGUGAUGGACUAAACAUUUUGAUGGUAUUGGUCAGUCUUUUUGUUUUGGGGAUAGUUAUGUUUUACUUAUAUUUAAGUGUAAAUCGAGCUUUCAUCAUUAUAGACAAGUACUCAACUUUCUUUCUCCAUUUAUAGGAAAAUCCUGAUUGAGAAAGAGAAACUUUUGAGAUGUACUUACAGCCCUAUAGCCCAGAAUUCGGAUGAAUAUUCUCUUUUGGACUAGCAGGGAUAUCCAAAGUUUGAGUUCAAUCUCAUUUAUAUCAAAACAUUAUUGUUCUUUGUAAA